AUGUCAUUGAACACUUCCACUGCAGGAAAAGGUGUGGAUCCAAACGCGGUUGACACUUACGACAGUGGCGAUGAUUGGGAAAUCGGUGUUGGGAAUUUAAUAAUCGAUUUGGACGCCGAUUUGGAGAAGGACAGACAGAAAUUUGAGAUGAAUAAUUCUACUAAUACCACCAGCAGCAGCAACACCAGCUCCAAGGAUUGCGGGGGUCUGGCUUCCAGUGGGGCUAAUGCUACCUCAGCCUUAGCUGAUGGCCUAAAAUUUGCUUCUGUUCAGCACUCUGCUCCCCAGGGGAAUUCCUCUCACAAAGAGACUAGCAAAUCAAAAGUGAAAAGGAGUAAAACUUCUAAGGAUGCUAAUAAAUCUCUGCCUUCUGCUGCCUUGUAUGGGAUUCCUGAGAUCAGCAGUGCUGGCAAGAGGCAGGAAGUCCAAGGGCGCCCUGGAGAGGCAACUGGCAUGAAUUCAGCACUGGGUCAAAGCGUGAGCAGUAACCCAAAUGGCAAUAAUAACACCACCAGCAACACCACCACCAUUGCCUCUUGUGGGAAAAACAAAGAGGAGAAACCAGGUAAAGCACCAGGCAGCAGAGGCUCCAAGCGGGAUAAGGAUGCGGGAAAAUCCAGGAAGGACAAGCAGCACGACCUGCAGCAGGGCCACCCCAACGGCAGCGGGGCUGGCAGCAGCCAAGCUCCCCCUGGGCACCUCUAUGGCUUUGGGGCCAAGGGAGGCAGUGGUGGAAGCAGCAGCCCCUUCCAUUGCACCUCCUCUGCCGUGGGGGAGGUGAGCAAAAGUACCCCGGAUUCAGGGUUAAUGGGAAACUCUAUUUUGGUAAAGAAGGAAGAGGAGGAGGAGGAGAGCCACAGGCGAAUCAAGAAAUUGAAAACAGAAAAG